AGCAAGGGCUACCGUGGAAAUGUAUCUUGUACCGACUGGACGUGAAAAUGAAUGGUUAUUUGAAGUCCGCAGUUGUUGCCCUUGGCUUCCUGGCGCUGUGUGCCUUUGCAAACGCCGAUGACAGCCGUGGUAGAAGAUCACAACAAGGGUAUCUUCAGAAGUAUCCACACGACCUUGGAACAAGUUACCGCAUACUUGGUAUUGGCAAAAUGCCUUCCGGCUCUGGUAGUUAUGGACACGGAUCCGCUGGCUACGGUAAACAGGGAUUUGGCGGCUACGGACAAGGUUCAAUGAGCUACGGCAUCGGUAAACAGGGAUUUGGCGGCUACGGACAAGGUUCAACGAGCUACGGCAUCGGUAAACAGGGAUUUGGCGGCUACGGACAAGGGUCAACGAGCUACGGCAUUGGUAAACAGGGAUUUGGCGGCUACGGACAAGGGUCAACGAGCUACGGCAUCGGUAAACAGGGAUUUGGCGGCUACGGACAAGGGUCAAUGAGCUACGGCAUCGGUAAACAGGGAUUUGGCGGCUACGGACAAGGUUCAAUGAGCUACGGCCUCGGUAAACAGGGAUUUGGCGGCUACGGACAAGGUUCAAUGAGCUACGGCCUCGGUAAACAGGGAUUUGGCGGCCACGGACAAGGUUCAAUGAGCUACGGCCUCGGUAAACAGGGAUUUGGCGGCUACGGACAAGGUUCAAUGAGCUACGGCCAUGGUGGGCAGGGCUUUGGUGGCUACGGACAAGGUUCAAUGAGCAUCGGACACGGUAAACAGACGUACUGA